AUGCUGGAGGCGCCGCAUGAUGGCAUCGCUGACCCCAAUGCGACCGAUUUCACGGAUGGUAUCAAGAUGACCAAACCGAUCCUGGAGGGCAACUUACCAGCUUCAUGCAAAUUGACCAAGGCUCCCAAGUUUGAGGAGCUGCAAGACUUCAACCGAGAAGACUACAGUUUGUUCGAAAUCCAUACUCAUAUCGACAAGGUUGGAUUUGUGUACUCGGUAGAGCCCCAUUCGGGGCGUCUGGAGCAUUUCCCUACGAACAGAGAUGAUAUCAAGCCUGAAGACUUUGAGUACUUCAGCAACGGCGCCUUCACUUACAACUACCCCAACUUUUCGGUCAACUUGUCUACCCUGUACUUUUUUAUCAUGCGCGUCAUCCUGGCUGGUCACAACACGGUCAUCACUGAGUAUCAAACGUUCCGGAGUCCUGCCUCGACGCAGGACACCUUUCAACGUUCUGCCGACUUCUUCGAAGGAAUCGAGCUGGAGGACUACGACCUGGUAAACGGGGUCCAGAGAAGCCUCGAUUCUGGAGUCUAUGUUCACGGGCCGUUGCACACCACACGGGAAGGAGGCGUGCUUUCUUUCAAAAAAUUGGUGCGACAGCAGCUGAACGACCACGUGAAGUUGGAGGCCGCAACAAGCCGCAAAAUUUGGCCCGCGGAGCGCAAUCAACAGCUGCAUGCUGCUGUUGGCAAGGAAGAAAAAUUCUGCUCUGUUGUUUGCGAGUGUGCCAGGAGAAAGAAUGUCUGA